UUUGCUUCAAGGAAUAUAAAUACCUGGCUGUGUCUGCGCUCCAUUCAGAGUUCUAUCAACCAGUCCACCAGUCCACUAUUCAGUUCAUCUGUCGAUCAGUCUACCAAUCAAGGCCUCAUACGAACGUCUUACUUGCCAUCGCCUAUUUCAGUUUUCAUACCAAUAUUCCAAAAUUCCACAUGUCUCAAGAAGCAGGAAAACGUUUGCUUGUCAACAUUGUCGACGAUCUUGCCUCGUCAUGCCCGACACAGCGUCUUGGAGUGGUCCCUAAAGGCUCUGACCCCAAGGACGGCUUUCAACAUGUUACAGCAAAGGACCUCGCCGAUUCUGUGAACGCGAUGUCAUGGUGGAUUGAGAAGCAGAUUGGCAAGGGCAAUGGUGAUGAGACUGUUGCGUACAUGGGAAGCAAUGAUAUUCGGUAUUUACUUUUUAUUCUAGCUUCUCACAAGACCGGAUACAAGUUGCUGCUUCCCUCUACACGACUGUCCAAUGACGCCUACGAGCACAUUCUGAACGCCACGGCAUGCAAAACAUUCUUCUUUACCACAAAAUAUGAACGAAGGGUUUCGGAGAUCAGGGACUUCCGGCCAGGCACACUUCACGUGGAGGUUCCUAGCGUUGAUGAUGUGCUUAUGACUGUCGGAGUCCAGCCGUAUCCUUUUUUCAAAUCUUAUGCAGAUGCAGAAGACGAGGUUGCAUUGAUCAUUCAUAGCUCGGGGACAACAGGCAUGCCGAAGCCCAUUCCCCUGACUCAUGGAUACUGGUCCACGUUCGAAUUCAAUAAAAAUGUUUCUAGCCGCACGGAGCGAGCUUCCACAACGCCAAACUGCUUCUCGUCGUCCCAACCCUUCCUUGCGACCACCCCGGCCUUUCACCUCAUGGGUCUGCUCCCUUAUAUUCACGCCAUAUUUUUUCAAAUUCCAUUCAUCAAUCUUCCAGACAAGCCGCUGUCGGUUGACCUGAUAAUGGACACAAUCCGUGCCACACGACCAGCGGCAGCCUUACUUGCUCCAUCACUCCUUGAAGAUAUGAGCCAGUCACAGGAAGCCCUAGAGUGCCUCGGCCUUCUAGACUCUGUCUACUUUGCCGGUGCUCCUCUGGCUAGAGAAACCGGCGACAAGAUCUCGGAAUAUACGAAGAUUAUAUCAGUAAUCGGAUCUACUGAGAUGGGACUCCUUAUCUCGCUUAUUCCCGAGAAGCAGGAAGACUGGGACCACUUCGAGUGGAAUCCGCAUUAUGGGGUGGAUAUGCAAGAUGUCGACGACGGAUUAUACGAACUGGUUAUUCCUCGUCGGGAGGAUUCUCGCGCUAUCCACGGUAUUUUCCACACAUUCCCCGAUAAGCAGGAGUACCGAAGCAACGACCUCUUCGUUCGGCACCCUUCAAAUCCCAAUCUCUGGAAAUACCACGGUCGCCGCGAUGAUGUGAUUGUCCUUAGCAACGGCGAGAAGCUCAACCCAGUGACGCUAGAGAUGAUCGUUGGAAGUCACCCUCGCGUCAACCGUGCUCUCCUAAUCGGUCAAUCACGAUUCCAAACCUCCUUGCUUGUCGAACCAAAGUGGGAUGAGGAGGGGGAGAUCAAUGAGAAAGAAUUCAUCGAUGCUGUGUGGCCGACCGUCCAACAAGCAAACGAAGCGGUCCCGAAUUAUGGUCGGAUUGCAAAGAACAAGAUUCGACUGGCAUUGCGCGACAAGCCCUUCAAGGUGACACCCAAGGGUACGACACAGCGCAAUGCCGUGAACCGGGACUACAAGGAUGAGAUCGAGGCGAUAUAUGCGGCUGCCGACACGGAAGAGCAAGAGAAGCUACCAGAGUCUCUUGAUCAGGGGAGCAUGGUCUCCUUUAUUCACCACAUUGUUUGCUCUUUGAUUGGCCGUGAAGAUAUUUCCCCGGAGGAAGAUCUGUACGGGGCCGGACUGGACUCACUGCAGACCAUUCAGCUUGCGAAGACCCUCACCAAGGCUACUUCCUUCCAGCUUCCAGAUGCCGACCGGAAACCAAUUACGCCCCAGCAUAUCUAUGCCCACUCUACCAUUUCACAACUGGCACAAUUCUUGCUCACUGUGCUACGAGGAGAUAUCGUGUCUGUCGCAUCUAGGACAGAUAGAGUCAACAAUAUGGUGUCUAAAUACACAAAGGAGCUGCCUUCGUUAUCUAGAGAUAACUUCGCACUUCCUCAUAAAUCUACUGUUGUCCUAACUGGAUCGACCGGCUCACUCGGCACAUACCUUCUGAAUUCGCUUUUGCAUGACGAGUCCGUGGCCAAGGUCUACUGCUUCAAUCGAUCAGACGCUCAGUCACGUCAAAUCAAAAGUUUCCAAGACAAGGGUCUCCCUGCUGCUCCCUUGCACAACACAAGCAGAGUUGAAUUCCUCACAGUGGCCUUUGGCGAGCCCCAGUUUGGCCUUCCGUCAUCCAAAUACCAGGAGCUUUUGGAGACGGUAGACGUCAUCAUCCACAACGCUUGGAAGGUCAACUUCAACCAUCCCCUCGAAUCGUUCGAGAACCCCCAUAUCAAGGGUCUGUUCGAGUUUGUCAAAUUCAGCAUUAGUAGUAAAUACAAUGCCCACGUCUCUUUCGUCUCGUCGGUCAGUACCAUCGGAGGAUGGACAGAGGACAUGGGCCCACAGGUCCCAGAACUACCCGUUGAAGACCCAGCUGCAGCUCUAGAACAGGGGUAUGGUGAGUCAAAACAUGUUUCUGAGCGUAUCUGUCUUGAAGCGUCGCGGAAGUCCGCUGUUCCGACGAGCAUUUUCCGGGUCGGACAGAUCGCCGGUCCGACCACGAAGGAAGGCGCUUGGAAUGUGGAUGAAUGGGUUCCCACUCUGGUCAAGACAUCGAAAUCACUAGGCAAGGUACCAGAUGGUCUUGGGGGAUAUGAAGUGGAUUGGGUUCCAGUGGACACCCUUGCCACCAUCAUCGUUGAACUUCUCCAGACGCGACGCAAUCAGCUCUCUACUGUGCCAACUGCCUUUUUCAACCUCGUCAACCCAAGCAAGGCGCGCUGGGCUUCGAUAAUCCCGGCUAUUCAGGAUAGAUAUUCGGUCGAGCCAGUGCCUAUCAACGACUGGAUCAAGGAGCUCGAGAACAUCAAGAACCCGUCGGAUGAAGAUGUCCGUCAAAAGCCUGCGCUGAAGCUGUUGGACUUCUAUCGCGGAUUGGCUGGUGGCAAGGAGAUGCUCUCUGCUGAGAUUGGCGUCUCCAGGACGAAGGAAGCGAGCAAGACGAUGGCGUCGCUGGGGCCGAUUCAUAGGGUCGAGAUGGCAAAUUGGCUGAAUCAGUGGGACUUCUAG